AUGGCUUCAAAGUUGGGCGGGCCUGAUCCCAGUAUGAACUCUAGACUCGCGCAUGCGAUCGCAGUUGCGAAAAAGGGCCAGCUUUCAAAGACUGCCAUCGAGAACGCCAUCGCCAAAGGACAGGGAAAAUCUCCCAGUGGCCAAGCUCUUGAAAAUGUCACCAUCGAAGCCAUGCUACCUCACGGCGUUGCUGCCAUGAUUGAGUGCCAGACCGACAACAAGGCGAGGACUCUGACGGACAUCCGCUAUAUCAUCACGAAAGCCGGCGGCACAGUCACUCCUACCGCGUUCAUGUUCGAGAAAAAGGGGCGAGUCUCGUUUGAAGAGCAGGAAAAGAUCGGUGUUGAGGACGCCCUGGAGGAUGCGAUCGAGGCGGGCGCCCUCGACAUUGCGUCGGAAGAGAACAAGCUGGUGGUCGAGACAGAGCCUGGCGAUGUCAUAGCUGUCGCCCAGAGACUCCAAAACAAAUUGGGAAUCCAGGUGGAAAAGGCAGAGGUGGUAUACAUGCCGAAUGAGGAUUCCAUGAUUACCCUGUCCGCAGAACAGGAGCAAGAGGUGCAGACCAUUCUAGACUCAUUAGAAGAAGACCCCAGUCUUCAGAAUCUGUAUAUUAAUGUUGAGCCUGCAUGA